AGCUGCUAAGCUAGUACUGUGGCAACUCAGCCUCAUCAUUAUUACUAUCAUUUUCCCAUCUUCACUUUCAAAUUACAUUCUCGUCUUUUCUCUUAAUAUUUGUUUUCUUAAUCUGAAGGGUCAGUCCAAUUACAACAACACAACCUGUAUUAAGUAUAGCUGAGGUCUCCUGAGUUAAGAUGCUAUUAGAAGAGCAAAGGUUCUUACAUGAAGACCUAGAACGUCUCGAACAGGGCAUCGCGGAUCGAAUUGGCGAUGAACCCAAACAUAUACGGGAUCGCCUAGCGCGAGACCAUCAAAUAGCACAAUUUCUCGACCGCAUAUCGUCGCAGUCUACAAAGCUCUUGUCUAUCUAUCGCGAUGCGGAUGGAUCGAGAUCGCGCGAGAUCCAACAGAUUGGCAGCGGUGAUCCGAUGGAGGAGUUCUAUAAGCAGCUGGCUGAUAUCAAGAGGUUCCAUGCGAAGUAUCCUAACGAGCCUGUCGAAAACCUUGAGCGCGCGUAUCGACCUAAAAAGGGACCCGAUGCCGAAGCCGAACCCAGCAUCGUGGAUACCAUGUUCACCGGCGAGGAGGCGUUUGGCCGUUUCUUCGAUCUACACGCCUGCCACGAGAUGUACCUAAACCUUCCCAAUGCGAAAAGAUUAAAUUACCUCCAAUACCUGGACUCGUUCGACAACUUCGUUCCUGGUGCUGGCGGGGUGAAAAGAUCUGAGAAGAUGACUGACCAAUAUUUCAAGUAUGUUGGUCACCUGGCUGUAGACCUCGAGACGUUUAUGAGGAAGACAAGACCGCUAGAAAACGUUGAUAAGGUGAUUGCCGAUUUCGACAAAGAAUUUGAUUCCGCAUGGGAACGGGAUGAAAUUGCGGAUUGGAAGAAGGAGGAGCAGAAUGGAAAGUCCAACGGUGCUGCGAAGCAGGCGUCCACAGCCGAAGCAGUAUGGUGUGACGACUGCGAAAGAGAGUUCAAGAAUGAGAACGUAUACAAAGGCCAUCUUUCGGGCAAGAAACAUGUCCGAGCAGCAGCGGAGCGCGCACAGAGACUUCAAAGCGCAUCCCAAGAAAACGGAGACGAACCUAACCAUGCCAACAAAGGAAAUAAUUCAACGCAUCGACUAAAAGAGCGGGCCAUUGCAGAAAGGGAAUUCAGAGUUAAGCGUCUUGCUAGCGCAAUGAGCACCGAACGAAGCGAUACUAGAGUUAACGUGGAACGGAAGCAAGGCAUGACGGAACGUGAGAGGCAACAAGAAUUAGAGAACUUAUUCAACACCAUAACCACCGCGUCGAAUAGCAGGGAUGCUGAAGAUGGAGAGGAUAACGAUGACGAGGACAAGAUUUACAACCCACUCAAGCUGCCACUCGCUUGGGAUGGUAAACCUAUCCCAUUCUGGCUAUAUAAGCUUCACGGUCUUGGUGUCGAGUUUCCCUGCGAGAUCUGUGGUAACUUUGUGUAUAUGGGAAGGAGGGCUUUCGACAAGCACUUUAACGAGACACGCCAUAUCUAUGGUCUAAAAUGUUUAGGCAUUACAAACACCAGCCUCUUCCGAGACAUUACGGGAAUUGACGAAGCAUUAAGGUUAUGGGAGAAGAUACAGAAGGACAAGCGUAAGGAUAAAGUGGAUGACGGGAGCGUUGUCCAGAUGGAAGAUGCCGAAGGCAAUGUUAUGCCGGAGAAGGUCUACUAUGAUUUGCAAAAGCAGGGUCUGCUGUAAAGAGGCUUAUGUACCUACUUACGUCGUAUUGCGUACUGUAUAAUGAAUAAUACCAAACUGCUUUUCGAAAUACUAUGCGG